AUGUUCUCUCUGUCUGAACUGGCUCCUCUGAACCAGCACCAGGACCAGUGCAAGUUGCUGAAGCCCUGGUGGGAGGUCUUCAUGGAUUACCUGGGGGUCCUGAUGCUGCUCAGCUCUGUCCUGGCCUGCACCGAACAGCUUUCCCGGGACAAGCUCUUGUGCAUUCCUCUGGAUCCGCUCGCCAGUAUGCCCAUUAGCCAGAGUGACAACAUGGAGCAGAUGACGUCUCAGCAAAGGGCCCCCUCGACUCCAACCAUCAACUCCCAGCCACAUGGUCGACGGACUCAUCUGGUCUAUCAGCAAUAUGUGUACAUCAGUCAGGUGUGCUACAAUGACGCAUUGCCGUUUUGCUCUCGCUUCUUCCCCUACAUGUUGUUGAUGCAGUCCUUGGUCUUAGUGGCCUGUGGCUCCUUCUGGCUGCACUUCCCCCACACCUCGGCCCGAAUCGAGCACUUUCUCACCAUUUUAAGCAAGUGCUGUGAGUCCCCUUGGACGUCUCAGGCCCUGUCCCACGCUGCGCAGCAAGAGACCCCCCAUGAGACCAAAGAGUCCACGAACAGAGAUCCCUCGAUACAUCUGCCAAACCUGAACUUCAUCAGGCGUGCCAGCAUGGACUCGGGAAGUGAUAGUCCGCUGUUAAAAAGAGCAGAGAGUAUUUCUACCAGUGCCCCUCCAUCGCCAUAUCUCUCCUCUCACUCAAACCCCUCCAACUUAUUGAACCCCCAAACACAUCCCACCAACUCAACAAUCGUGGAAAAUGGUUCCCAACUUGAGAUCACCCUUGACAAAAAUGAUGGAGAACAGGCCAGAGCAUUGUUCGAGAAAGUCCGCAAAUUUCGAUCGCACAGUGAAAACUCUACAGUCAUAUACAAGGUGUACCUGGCUCAGACUGUAUUCAAGCUGUUGCUAGUUGUGCUCAUUGGAAGUUACACAAUUCCUUUGCUGAGCUCCUUUUCCUUCGGUCUCCACUGUGAGGCUGACGAGCAGGCACUGGUGGGUUACUCCUCCUUUCAGUGCAUUCAUGUUCUUUCCUCUCUGCUGCAUAAACUGCUACUGGCCUACAUGAGUCUCCUUGGAGUCUACGGCCUCCUCAAUCUUUACACACUGGGUUGGAUCCUACAUAGCUCUCUGCUACAGUUUUCCUUUCACUCAGUAAAGGACAUGAGCUCUUUGAGAGAAGUCCCAGACAUCAAAAAUGACCUGGCCUUCCUCAUGCAAAUGCUGGAUCAGUAUGACCCUCUGCUGGUGCAGCGGUUCUCUGUGUUCCUGUCCCCUCAGACUGAGAGCCUCCCGGGGAAAGAGGAAAGCCUGGAGCACCGCUGGGGGGAGGAACAACUGAGGGCCCUCGUCACAGUCGACACAGAUGGCAGAUCCAGACUCACACUAGUGGCCCUGCCUUGGAUUCCCUCGGCUGUGUACACUCUCAACCAUCUCAAUGUGCUCAGACUAGAGCUGAUUACAGAUGCCCGGUUUACUGCAGAGAUGUCAAACAUGUCCUCUCUCAGAGAGCUGCACCUUUACCACUGCACUGCUGCAAUAGCCCCUGUCGCCCUUAGCAUUCUUCAAGAUCGUCUAGAGAUUCUCCAUCUCACCUUCUCCCAGCCCGCACAGCUGCCCGGGUGGGUUCUCUCCCUAAGGGGUUUGCAGCAGCUCCACCUGACUGGUCCUUUGCACAGCGAAGGAGUAGUGGUCCGCGGUUGGUCCUUGGGAAGUCUACGUCAUCUACGACACCUCCGCACACUGGUGAUUCGGGGAAUGUUACAACGUGUUCCUGGAGAACUGUGUGAGGUGGCAGGCACAUUGGAGAGGUUGGAGAUCCACAAUGAAGGCACCAGGCUGUUGGCACUAAGUGGACUGAAGAGCUUUGUUGGUCUCACAGAGCUGAUUCUUCAGGAUUGUCAGCUGGAACGUCUACCGUCUGCUCUCACAACACUCAUAAACCUGUGCUCUCUUGAUCUACAACACAACAGGUUGGACCUACGCAGUAAUUGUCUGAAGGACUUGCCCUGUGAGGUGGUCCACUGCUCCGGCCUCUACGGAGGGGGGCUGCUGGUUGAGGACUGGCUUUUUUUCUCUUUACCUCCUCUUGUCCAGGAGCUGCUCACUCACUCCGAAAAGACAAACACAAUGGCCGAAAACGACGUCGAAAAUGAGCUGUUGGAUUACGAGGAAGACGAUGAACCUCAGGGAGCCCCCGAGAGUGCCACUCCUGCCGGCAAGAAGGAGGUCAAGGGCUCGUACGUGUCCAUCCACAGCUCCGGUUUCAGAGAUUUCCUGCUCAAACCAGAACUUCUCAGAGCCAUCAUCGACUGUGGUUUUGAGCAUCCAUCAGAGGUUCAGCAUGAGUGCAUCCCUCAAGCCAUUCUCGGUAUGGAUAUCCUUUGCCAGGCCAAGUCUGGUAUGGGAAAGACCGCUGUGUUUGUCUUGGCUACACUUCAGCAGAUCGAACCAGUUGAUGGCCAGGUCUCUGUCUUGGUCAUGUGCCAUACACGAGAGUUGGCCUUCCAAAUCAGCAAAGAGUACGAGCGUUUCUCUAAAUACAUGCCCACCGUUAAGGCAGCCGUGUUCUUUGGAGGCCUGUCCAUCAAUAAGGAUGAGGAAGUCCUUAAAAAGAACUGCCCCCAUAUCGUGGUUGGUACACCAGGCAGGAUCCUGGCCCUGAUCCGCAGCAAGGCCCUCAUUCUGAAGAACGUCAAGCACUUUGUUCUGGACGAAUGCGACAAAAUGUUGGAGCAGCUUGACAUGAGAAGAGAUGUCCAGGACAUUUUUAGGCUGACUCCACACGAGAAGCAGGUCAUGAUGUUCAGUGCCACGCUCAGUAAAGAGAUCAGGCCCGUCUGUCGCAAGUUCAUGCAGGAUCCCAUGGAAGUGUUUGUGGAUGAUGAGACAAAGCUGACCCUUCAUGGUUUGCAACAGUACUACUGCAAACUAAAGGAUAGUGAGAAGAACCGCAAACUCUUUGACCUCCUUGAUGUCCUCGAGUUCAACCAGGUGGUGAUCUUUGUCAAGUCAGUGCAGCGCUGCAUUGCUCUGUCACAGCUGCUGGUGGAACAGAACUUUCCUGCGAUUGCCAUUCACCGAGGCAUGGGUCAGGAGGAAAGACUGUCCCGCUACCAGCAGUUUAAGGACUUCCAAAGGAGGAUCCUGGUGGCCACAAACCUGUUUGGCAGAGGAAUGGAUAUUGAGCGGGUCAAUAUUGUGUUCAACUACGACAUGCCAGAAGACUCAGACACCUAUCUGCACAGGGUGGCCCGUGCUGGUAGGUUUGGGACCAAAGGCCUGGCUAUAACCUUUGUGUCUGAUGAAACCGACGCAAAGAUCCUGAACGACGUCCAGGACCGCUUUGAGGUGAACGUGGCCGAGCUGCCCGAUGAGAUCGACAUCUCCUCCUACAUUGAGCAGUCCAGAUGA